CUAUUUAUGGUUAGACAUAUAUCCGAUUUCAUUCUAUAAAAUUGAGAAAAAGAAAAUCAUUAUUAAACAUGGGUAAUAUAAAGUUACUAGUGCUGGCACUAGCAUGUGUUCACAUUGUACUAAGUUUGGCCAGUGCAGACAGUGCCGCCGACAAGUAUUCCAAGAAAGCUAAUACGCUUCCUGAUUCGGAGAUUUACGAGCCGGAUUUUCGCAACAUUCAACGACCCUUUCGGAUGGCCAAACUUAAUAUGGUUUGGGCAAAAGCCCAGCAUCGACUAACCGAACCGAAGCUGAAAUCCCUCUACACUGAGCUCAAAAUUCACGAUAAAGAAGAAAUAGCAUGGAAGCAACUGAACUCACAGCACAAAGACAAGGAAGGCCUCAAAGAGGCUGAGCUGCGAAAAAAGUUGAUCGGAAUCAUGAGCACAUACGGAUUGUUGGAGUAUUUUGACGACACGCAGGACCCGGAAAAGUAUAAACCCUACAAGGCAUACUCCGGAAAAGUAGACAGUUAUAUGAACAAAAGUUUGUUCAAAGAUAAGAAGUUGAACAAACUUUGGGAGAAAGCGGAGACGUCGGGAUUUACGAAGGAAGAGCUGGAUACCUUGAAGGAGGAAUUUGAGCAUCAUCAGGAGAAAAUUGAUGUGUACUACAACCUGUUGGAGCAAUUGGGUGAUGAUGAUGGGAAAGGUGCUAAUGUGCAUGAAAAUGCGGUGAAUGAGGACGAGCACGAUAAAUUCAAUGAGAUUGGGACGGCUGAGGACGACAGUAAUGAUAUUAUGACACAACAGAAAAGUGAGAAUAAGCAAAAUUCCUAUCUGCACAAAUCAAACCAACUCAGGGACAAACAUCGUAACAUUAAGGAUAAUUUUGAUCGCCUUGAGCGGAUUGCUUCCAAGGGUCCCAAAAGCCAGGAUUUCAUAGAACCUAAAGUGCAAGGAUUAUGGAGAAUAGCGUUGAAUUCUAAUUUUACCGCUGAUGAAUUGGCCUCGUUGAAGGUGGAACUGUUGCAUUAUGAGAGCCGGUUGCUGAAGCUACGACACAUGCAUGCGGAACAUGCUUUGAGUAUGGAGAAGCACAAGAACGCUCAGCAUGGUGAUAAGGCCAAUACUCACAAAAUGAUGGAGGAAAACAUCAAGAAGCAAACGAGAAAGGUUGAGAAGAUUCAGGAAGAAGUAGAGAAGCGCAUUUUAAAGCAUUCCGACCUUUGAGAUAAGUAGUAGGAUAAUAUGCAAAAAAAUCUGAACAUGAUAGUGCCAAUUAUGUGCUAAAGCAUUUAAAAUCGAUUCGUCCAUGAUGUCUCUCGAAUACAUAAUCAAAGCAGCUGUUUGUCUUUCUAUUGUUUUUAUUUAGAUUUGUGUAAAAUAGAGGCCACCAAACAUAUAUUUUCUGU